GCAGUUUAGGAUUCAGCUUUCAGGAUUUCAGCAUUUUUCAGAUCUUCAGUGAUUCCAUGCCAAUCUUCCAGAAGGCUGUUGAGGGCCUCUGAAGGAUGUGGAGAGGCUUCCAGCAGCCAACCUCUGAGAGGAAAAGUUUGGAGACUUUGCAAGUAGCCGAGUAACUGAAACUGUUCCCAGCUUUUUUGCUGUUACAGCCUGGAAGGAAAACUGAAGACCCCGAGUCUGGAGCCUUGCUGAGCUGAGUGAGUUUUGCCGCUCGUCAGGUUGUUCAGCUGCUGCAGCUGCUGUUUUGAGUGUCUCUUGUCUAGUGUUGUACUGGCACAUCUCGGCUGCUCCAGUGAGCAUCUCCUAUUGUGUCUUCCUUAAAUCUUUCUUCGUGAGUUGGAUCCCAGCCUACAGUCUGGCCGCCACAUGUUCCAGGCCCGCAGUGGCAGAAAGAUGCCAUCUUGGGAGAUUUUGUGUUUAGGACUUGAAGAUACUAGAUGAGAUGUACUGAGUCCUUCACCUCCCUUUAAAAUCAGCUCAGUCAAGUUUUCAGGCUUGGCUCUUGAAGAUCUCAGAAAGGCCUUUAAAAUAAGACUGCAAAUGGUGUGUGUAUUUAUCAUGAACCGAAUGAAUUCCCAGAGCAGUGGUUUCACUCAGCGCAGGAGAAUGGCUCUUGGGAUUGUUAUUCUUCUACUUGUUGAUGUGAUAUGGGUGGCAUCCUCAGAACUUACAUCGUAUGUUUUUACUCAGUACAACAAACCAUUCUUCAGCACUUUCGCAAAAACAUCCAUGUUUGUUCUGUACCUCUUGGGCUUUAUUAUUUGGAAGCCAUGGAGGCAACAGUGUACAAGAGGAUUUCGAGGAAAACAUGCUGCUUUUUUCACAGAUGCUGAAGGUUACUUUGCUGCUUGCACAACAGAUACAACUAUGAAUAGUUCCUUGAGUGAACCUCUAUAUGUUCCUGUGAAAUUUCAUGAUCUUCCAAGUGAAAAACUUUCUGAGAAUGCAAACAUUGAUAAUGAAAAAACUCCCAAAAAAUCUCGUGUAAGGUUCAGUAAUAUCAUGGAGAUUCGGCAGCUGCCAUCGAGCCAUGCAUUGGAAGCUAAGUUGUCUCGCAUGUCAUAUCCUACUGUGAAAGAACAAGAAUCUUUACUCAAAACUGUGGGGAAACUUACUGCAACUCAAGUAGCAAAAAUUAGUUUUUUUUUUUGCUUUGUGUGGUUUUUGGCAAAUUUGUCAUAUCAGGAAGCACUUUCAGACACACAAGUUGCUAUAGUUAAUAUUUUGUCUUCAACUUCUGGACUUUUUACCUUAAUCCUUGCUGCAGUGUUUCCAAGUAACAGUGGAGAUAGAUUUACUCUUUCUAAACUGUUAGCUGUAAUUUUGAGUAUUGGAGGCGUUGUGCUGGUAAACCUGUCAGGAUCUGAGAAAUCUGCUGGAAGAGAUACAAUAGGUUCCAUUUGGUCUCUUGUUGGAGCCAUGCUGUAUGCUGUCUAUAUUGUUAUGAUUAAGAGAAAAGUAGACAGAGAAGAUAAAUUGGAUAUUCCAAUGUUCUUUGGUUUUGUAGGUCUGUUUAAUCUGCUGCUCUUAUGGCCAGGUUUCUUUUUACUUCAUUAUACUGGAUUUGAGGACUUUGAGUUUCCUAAUAAAGUAGUGCUAAUGUGCAUUAUCAUUAAUGGCCUUAUUGGAACAGUUCUCUCUGAGUUCCUGUGGUUGUGGGGCUGCUUUCUUACCUCAUCAUUGAUAGGCACACUUGCACUAAGCCUUACAAUACCUCUGUCCAUAAUAGCAGACAUGUGUAUGCAAAAGGUGCAGUUUUCUUGGUUAUUUUUUGCAGGCGCUAUCCCUGUAUUUUUUUCCUUUUUUAUUGUUACUCUUCUAUGCCAUUAUAAUAAUUGGGAUCCUGUGAUGGUGGGAAUCAGAAGAAUUUUUGCUUUUAUAUGCAGAAAACAUCGAAUUCAGAGGGUUCCAGAAGACAGUGAACAGUGUGAGAGUCUCAUUCCUAUGCAUGGUGUUUCUCAGGAGGAUGGAUUGAAUUAGCUGUUGUCUGUAAACCAGUUUGAAAAUGGAACAUUACACAGCGAAGAGACAAUCUCUGGCAAGUUUUCGUAGAAAAAUGUUUCAGUGCCUAGUCUGAAAAUAACAGUUUCAGUUCUUUGGAACUCUGAAAUAUAUUUUCCUCAUAUCUGUUUUCUUCAUUUUUGUAAUGAAGAACUUUGUUAUGUAGUUGAGUACAUAUCACUACAAUUAUAGGAAGUUCCAGUCUACAGCCCAUGUAAAGGACCAAUUUGCCUUACACAUCUCAAGGAGUUCAGCUGAUGACAUGAUUUGAAUUAAUCAAGGAAUAAAAUCUUAAUGUCUGGAGAUUUUAUUUUCACAUAUUAUUUGUUAAAUGCUGGACUAUAUUAUGAAAAUGUUUUUAAGAAAUCAUUUAAGUGUGUAGAUCCAUGUUUCUUACAGAUAAAAUGCUAACAUAAGAUGCCUAUAAUAGGUACAGGUUAUAUUUUUGAGUUUUGUAGAAUAUUGCAAACUAACAACACAGAAAAAAAAUAUUUAAUUUAUGUAGCAGGUAUGUUCAUGCAAAUUUACUGGGACUUUAAAAAUAGCAUUUUUAGAAAAUUUCUGGUUCAUUUACACUACAUAUACUGUGUUAUCCUUUCAUAGCAUUAGGUGCCUUGUAUUUCAAAUCUGUGACAAACCAUGACAAAUUGUUAAGGGGAAGUAUUGUAAAAUGAAGAAUUAUGUAUUUCUAAAGGAUGUAUUGCUAUAAAUUUAAUUGAUAAAAGCUCUUCUUAAUUUAGAGUUUUGAAGAAAUAGUCUCUUCAAUUAAGAAAUUUUCAUAAUGGAAUGACUUUAAUUGAAGUGAUAAAGAAGAUUAUUAAAAUAAAAUGUUUAUAUAUGU